AUGCCUUUUCCCCCGCUAAAUAUGACCCUCUCGGGCCACCACCGUCCGUACAGGCGUGGGAUCCCGCCCCACAGCCUCGGCUUCCGGCCCGAGGCGGGCUAUACCAAAUGCGGAAGCGGGGGACGUCCAGGACCGCCGUGUAAGUCCCUUUCUACCCUCCCGACGUGCGGUAAGGGAGGUAGUUAUGAGGAUGAGGUGAGGACAACGACCUCGGCCGAUCUGACUCCUACACUACCUAAGCUAGGGCGCGGGAAACCUUUACCAGCACUGGCCCAGUGCGGCCAGAACCACGCCCCCAGCGGUCAUGUGACAGACGCGCCCUGCUCGCCGAUCCCCGGAUGUCGGUCAGCCCAUUUGGCGAGGCGGAGGGGGAGUCAGGAGGACGUUGCUUCAAUCAAAAGUGAAGGAGCAGUAGGCGGAACGAACGUUCCGAAGACCGUGACUGGACGUCAGGUUGGCGGUGACGCGCGUGCGCGCCCCCAUCCGGAGAGCACAGUAAUGAGUUGGUGGCCUAGCAACCUUCAAAGUUGUCAACACAAAGGAGAUUUGGCGAUGGAGGCUUUGUUGGAAGGAAUACAAAAUCGGGGGCAUGAUGGGGGAUUUUUGACAUCCUGUGAAGCAGAACUGCAGGAGCUCAUGAAACAGAUUGACAUAAUGGUAGCUCAUAAAAAAUCUGAAUGGGAAGGACAGACACACGCUCUAGAAACUUGCUUGGACAUCCGUGAACGGGAACUUAAGGCUCUCAGGAGUCAGUUGGAUUUGAAACACAAAGAGAUUGGAAUGUUGCGUCAGCAGGUAGAAAAACAUGAAAAAGUCAAGCAAGAGAUGGCCAUGGAGUAUAAGCAAGAGUUAAAGAAACUACAUGAAGAAUUAAGCAGACUGAAGAGAAGCUAUGAAAAGCUACAGAAAAAACAUGUAAGAGACUUCAGAGGAAAUGCCAAAAAUCACAGGGAAGAUCGGUCUGAAAUUGAGAGGUUAACUGGAAAAAUAGAGGCUCAGCUUGCCAAUCGGAAACAAAAAUUAGAGUCUGUGGAACUGUCCAGCCAGUCGGAAAUUCAGCACCUGAGCAGUAAGCUGGAGCGGGCCAAUGAUACUAUCUGUGCCAAUGAGUUGGAAAUAGAGCGCCUCACCAUGAGAGUCAAUGACUUGGUCGGAACCAAUAUGACUAUUAUGCAAGAGCAGCGGCAGAAAGAAGAAAAAUUGAGGGAAUCUGAAAAACUGCUAGAGGUUCUGCAAGAAGAAAAGAGAGGAUUGAAGGCAGCUCUUCAGACUCAAGAAAAUUUUAUCCAUGAUGCAAGAAUACAAAAGGAGAAGCUGCAAGCAAAAUUAAAGGCAGUUGAUACUCAACACACAGUAGAGACCAUAAGAUCACUGGAGGAACCUCUGGCAGAAAGGAGGUAUGCCUCUCAAGGGCAGGGGGACUUGCAGAACGUGCUCUGCCAACUGGAUUUUACCCACACUAGUGAAGAGCUUCUGCAGGCAGAGGUGACGCGUCUGGAAGGCAGCUUAGAAUCUGUGAGUGCAACAUGUAAACAGCUGAGCCAAGAGCUAAUGGAAAAAUAUGGAGAGCUGAAGAAGAUGGAAGUGCACAACAAUGAGUACAGGGCUGAGAUCAAGAAGUUGAAAGAACAGAUUUUACAGGCUGAACAGAGUUACAGUUCUGUACUAGAAGGAAUGAAGAUGGAGAUCUCCCAACUAACUCGAGAGUUACAUCAGCGAGAUAUCACUAUUGCUUCCACCAAAAGUUCUUCCUCUGACAUGGAAAAGCGACUCAAAGCAGAGAUACAAAAGGCAGAAGAAAAAGCAGUCGAGCAUAAGGAGAUGUUGGGUCAGCUGGAAUCACUCAAGUUAGAAAAUCGUCAUCUUUCUGAAAUGGUGAUGAAAUUGGAAUUGGGUUUACAUGAGGCAAAAGAGAUUUCACUAGCAGACCUCCAGGAAAAUUAUAUUGAGGCAUUAAAUAAAUUAGUAUCUGAAAAUCAACAACUACAGAAAGAUUUGAUGGAUACCAAAGGUCAGCUGGAGAUUUCUACUCAGAUAUGCAAAAAAAACCGGGACAGGAUCUUUAAACCAACAUACAGCAGAGUACCUGAGUUCAAGAAUACAGAGUUCAAGCCAGCCCAUGGCCAGCACAGGCAUGAUGGGAUGAAGGCUGAGCCCUACAAAGCAGGUCUUCAUUCUCCGCAAGGACAAGCGUCGGAUAGCAUAGAGCCUGUGUCCCUGUCCCGGGGCUUCAGCCCCCCGAGCCAUCAGAUCAGCUCUUGCUGCUCCACUGUCUCUCUGCCAUCUAACUUUCUGUGCAAAACUAACUCUCUGCCUUCAGUGCUAGAUACAAAUGAAACCAACUUUUCUGACACUGUCUCUGAGAGUAUAAAUGACCCAGAAGACUUUACAUCUUCGUGUCCCUUGCCUCUGUCUCCUCUUGGUUCAAUAGCCACAAGAUUUUUGGAAGAGGAAGAGCUGAGGUCUCAUCACAUCCUAGAGCGCCUAGAUGCCCACAUCGAAGAACUAAAGCGAGAAAGUGAGAAGACAGUGAAACAAUUCACAGUCCUAAAGUAGCCUCCUAAAAAUCACAAACUUGGAAAUAAAAAUAAACACUGGAGAGUUACUGUCAUCAUGAAGUAGCAGCUCUUUGAAAGCCUGAACAUGUGACUAUAUAGAAACCAUAAAAAUGAGAUGUACUAAAGCUGCCGUGACGAAUCUGAGAAGCUGAUACUUAGCUCUAAGGUGUUUUCUCUGCACUGUCUUGUUUAAAGGACUUUUUCCAGCAAUAACAUGUAAAUAAACCACUUUGCUAGACUUUUUUCUCAUAUUAAUAUUUAUUAUCAUAAAGUAAUACUUUCUCUUGCUGACUUAAGUGUAAUAGCUGUAGACUAAUUAAAGAUUUUAUGAUGCAUGUUGGAAAUAAAGUAACUGUAGGAACUUC